AUGCAUUCCCCUUCCUCAAAGCCCUCCGAGCUGGUGGAAUCAAAAACUGAGAACACCGAAGAAGAUGUCACGGAUGAAAUGACCGGUGGUGCCUCGCGUUCUCUUGGCUUCCCGACAAAAGAGCCCUUUGCAUUUCCAGGACUUCGCAGUGACAUAGAAGCUAUUGAGAAAGGCUUCGGUAGCUUUCUGGAUGAAGCUGAGCGGAUGACCAACGAGUUCUUCAAAUCUUUUGGAUUUCCAACCAUUCAUGACGGGGACUCGAGACCAUCUCCUAGGCAACCUGCAGAGAGGCAUAUUGGAGAAGGUGCCGCAAAGAAGCCCAAUGAGAAUGAGUACUCCGAAUUCGGUAGCCAGAUAACAGAUGUGUAA